AUGAGGAGCGACCUGUUGGCAUUUCGGUAUAAGCUCAUAAAGGAUCAUCAUUGGACCGUUAGCCAGGCGAGAGAGCUCUACAGUGAAUCCCAAGUGGGGCCAUGGAUUAAUUUAGUAGCAUCAGAGGUAACUAAGGCUCUUGGCCACCGAUACCGAGAUGUGUAUCAGAAGUGCCGGAAUUGUUUGAUUGCUGCUUACUUCCCCGGUUCGGGCUCUUGGGUGGAUGUUUGGGACACUGAGCCUCACUUCCCAGUCGGGCACCGCAAUGAUUUCCGGCUCAAUCGACUUGAACAGUACAGCCUCCAUCGGAGAGUGUGGAUGGAGGAACAACUCGUUCGUCGUUUCCUACAUCUGCUUAUCGAUCAACAUGUGGCCGAUACCGGUCUUACGCAGGAUGCCGUCAUUAGCUCCAUGCACAGACCCGGAUCCAUCACCUUCUCCGCUGAGGAAGAGACAUUCAAUCAGCUGUACGAUCAAGCCUUGAAUGAGACCAUAGCCCAAGCGGCAAUUGAGCAGGGCUAUGACUACGCUUGGAGGGUCGCCUGUGCCGCAAUCACAAUCGUUUACGACGUAUGGGAAAUAGUCGGUACACAACAGGCUUACUCCAGUGUCCCCGAAUUCACCGACAAAAACGACGCCUGGUUGUAA